CGCAUGCGUCUUUCGUGAAGGUGCGUUGUGGCCGCAAUGGUGGCCUAUCGAUCGCGGGAUUGCUUGUAGCCGGCGAAUGAGGUAGCCAGUGGCUGCUCUUCAGCAUGUCGGGCACGGAGAGGUCUUCGAUCUGAAACUGUCAGUUGUCGUAUCUGUUUUGAAGCUGGACUAAAAGGGGAAUAGUGUUCUUCCCCUUUCCCCGGCCCCCUCCUAGUGGGCCUUGUUCUCGUCUUCUCCCAUCGCCCACCAGUUCGGCUGCUUUCUGGGGACCCCGACCGUGUUUCGUUCUUUCCCUUUCCUCUUACCCUAUAUCCACUCACCCCCACCCCCCCCCCCCUCCCGGUUUUAGAUCAGCAGGAUGUCUGAGGACGGCGUGGACAGAGUGAUUAAGGAAUCCUCUAUAUUAGAUGAGUAUGCAAUUAACUGGACUCAGAAGCUGGGAGCUGGGAUCAGCGGCCCUGUACGUGUAUGCAUGAAAAAGUCAACAGGAGAACGAUUUGCACUAAAGAUUCUCCUUGAUCGCCCAAAAGCAAGAAAUGAGGUUCGACACCACCUGAUGUGUGUAGGCCACAACAAUAUUGUUCAGAUUAUUGAGGUUUACGCUAACAGCGUUCAGUUCCCCCAUGAGUCCAGUCCAAGGCCUCGGCUGCUAAUUGUGAUGGAAAUGAUGGAAGGUGGGGAGCUAUUUCACAGAAUCAGCCAACACAAGCACUUUACAGAGAAAAUGGCAAGCCAAGUUACUAAGCAGAUUGCUCUGGCUAUACAGCACUGUCACUCCCUGAAUAUUGCCCACAGAGACCUCAAACCUGAAAACCUCCUCUUCAAGGACAACUCUCUGGAUGCACCAGUUAAACUGUGUGACUUUGGGUUUGCCAAAAUCGAUCACGGGGAUCUGAUGACUCCACAGUUCACUCCUUAUUAUGUAGCACCUCAGGUACUGGAAGCCCAGAGGAGACACCAGAAAGAGAAGUCUGGAAUCAUACCUACCUCACCCACUCCCUAUACGUACAACAAGAGCUGUGACCUGUGGUCGCUGGGUGUAAUAAUUUACGUGAUGCUAUGUGGAUAUCCACCGUUUUAUUCCAAACACCACAGCCGGACUAUCCCGAAGGACAUGCGGAAAAAGAUCAUGACAGGAAGUUUUGAAUUCCCAGAAGAAGAGUGGAGUCAGAUUUCUGAAAUGGCAAAGGACAUUGUGAGAAAAUUGUUGAAGGUAAAGCCAGAAGAACGACUAAAUAUUGAAGGGGUGCUGGAUCAUCCCUGGCUGAACUCCACAGAAGCUUUAGAUAACAUUCUUCCAUCCUCCCAAAUGAUGAUGGACAAGGCAAUGGUUGCUGGGAUCCAGCAGGCCCAUGCAGAGCAGCUGGCCAGUAUGAGAAUUCAGGAUCUGAAAGUGAGCCUUAAACCUCUAAACUCUGUAAAUAACCCAAUUCUUCGCAAGAGGAAGCUAUUUGGCACGAGGCCCAAGGAUGAUGUCUAUAUUCACGAUCCGGAGAAUGAGGCAGAGGAUGCCAAUGUCGCUCUAGAGAAACUGCGGGAUGUCAUUGCACAGUGUAUUCUGCCCCAAGCUGGAGAGAAUGAAGAUGAGAAGUUGAACGAGGUGAUGCAGGAGGCUUGGAAGUACAAUAAAGACUGUAAAUGUCUUCGUGACAUGCUGCAGAGCCUCAGCUGGAAUGGACGGCGGUUCAACGAUAAAGUCGAUCGCCUGAAACUUGCAGAAAUGGUCAAACAGGUUAUUGAAGAACAAACAAACUCACAGGAUUCCUAAUAUUAGUGCCUGCUGUUUUUACAAUGUACUGGGAGUAUUCUUUGAUAAAUGUAAAAAAGUUUUUAUUUAAAUAAAGAAUUUUAAAACA